UUUCUCUGACUGCAACAGAGUAAGAAGAAGAAGUGUCACGUUGCGGCGAAAACAGGUAUCGCUCAUCCAACUGCAGUCCCAAUCAAUAUUUGUUUACAGAUUAAGUGAGUGAGUGAAGGUAAAAUGGGGCGCUCAUCCAAAGACAAACGAGAUAUAUACUACAGGCUGGCGAAGGAGGAGGGCUGGAGAGCGAGAAGUGCCUUCAAACUCCUGCAGCUGGAUGAAGAGUUCAACCUGUUUAAAGGUGUUAGUCGUGCUGUGGACCUGUGUGCGGCACCUGGCAGCUGGAGUCAAGUUCUGAGCCGCAAACUCCGUGGAAAAGACAAGAGUGAAGAGGUCAAGAUUGUGGCAGUUGACCUGCAAGCAAUGGCCCCUUUGCCAGGUGUUACACAAAUUCAAGGAGACAUCACUAAGAUUUCUACAGCGCAGGAGAUUAUUCGACAUUUUGAAGGACAGUCUGCAGACUUGGUCGUAUGUGACGGCGCCCCUGAUGUUACAGGUCUUCAUGAUGUAGACGAGUACAUUCAGGCGCAGCUACUGCUGGCGGCUCUCAAUAUCACCACACAUGUUCUCAAACCAGGUGGCAACUUUGUUGCAAAAAUCUUCAGGGGAAAAGAUGUGACCCUGCUGUAUUCCCAGCUCAAGAUUUUUUUCAGCUCUGUAACCUGUGCCAAACCACGCAGCAGCCGAAACUCGAGCAUAGAGGCAUUUGUGGUGUGUCAGAAUUACUCUCCACCAGAAGGUUAUGUCCCCAACAUGUCCAACCCAUUACUUGAUCACUCUUAUGAUGUCGACUUUAACCAGCUAGAGGGGCCAAACCGAAUAAUAGUUCCUUUUCUUGCUUGUGGAGAUCUUAGUGCCUUUGAUUCAGACAGAACUUACCCGCUUCAGCUCGAUUCUAGUAAAGAGUACCAGUAUUUACCACCAACCCAACCUCCAAUUCGGCCUCCGUACCAGCAAGCCUGUCAGCUCCGCAAGAAUAACUUGUUAGCCAAAGAGGACUCACCUUCUGGCGCGCUUGAUGAUUCCCUGUCCGCUUUAGAUCUCAAGAGUACGGACACAAACACAGCCACACAAGGAACCACAGACUAAUAGACAUUACAGCUUCUGUUAAAAUCCUUUCAUUGUUUUAUCACGAUUGAUCAACAUUUAUUUUUAGAGUUUUUAGAUGCUCUCAGAAAAAAUGUGUUACGUCUUUGUGCCUUAUUUACACCUAAAAGGUUCAUAACAGUACCUUAAGGCUACAUACUAAUCCUUUGAGUUAUUAAUAUGCAACUUUUAGUGGUAAAUAAAAUGUAAAGUUGUCCCUUUUAAGGGUACUGUCCCAGGAACGGGCUGUGUACCAUAAAGGUACAAUUUCUGCACAUUUUUUGACAGAGUGGGUUGAUAAUAUAAGUUAUCUUUUAUGUAUUUAAUUGUUUCUGCAACUUUUAUUACACUCAGAAUUUGUAUUUGUAUAAGUCACAGAAACCACCUGACUGAAUUUAAACUUUUAACUGCAGCUCUACAUGUUAAUAAAACACAUAAAUUUACCAUGA